GCAAGUGGCAAAUUGGCAAUUGGCACACCGUACGAUGCCGUUCAUCUGACGCAUGUCGGUUUUGACUUGGAGACGGGUGAGUUUACAGGCCUGCCAAAGGAAUGGCAAAAGCUGCUUGCUGAAUCUGGCAUCUCACAAAGAGAGCAAGAACAGCAUCCACAAGCCGUUAUGGAUAUUGUACAAUUCUAUCAAGACUCUGCAGCCAAGGAGGAUGAUCAAGUUUGGGAGAAGUUACAAUUCACAACCGUUCAGGAUAAUGGUGUUUGGGAUGGUUUGGCGAGCAGAAGCCCACAAUCACCACAAUCUGGCAGUACGCGACGACCAUCUACUGCACAGGAGCAAGGACGUUCACCCACUGGUUGGAUGCAUCCACGUUCACCGCCACCCGUACCGCCACACUCGAGUCAUCCCGCCGUUACAUCCAAUUAUAGUCUCAAACGAUCACAGGUAAAAUCGCCGAUACAGCCAAGCUCGGCAGAUCAGCAGAAUGGCUAUACUACACCCCAAAUCCUACCAUCACAACGUGUGGCACCUCCAGUGCCAGCUGGACAUAAUGCUGAAACGCGAAAAGCGGCACAAGCAACUGCACCACCGGUUCGUCGUCGUGAAAAGAAGACACCCGGGCCGGCUGAUUUUGAUAUUGUCAAAAAGCUGACUGAGAUUUGCAAUGCGUCAGAUCCCAAUGAGAGCUACCGAUCACUCGUCAAGAUUGGCCAAGGUGCUUCAGGCGGCGUGUAUACAGCGUACUCGAACGCCACGGGACAGGCUGUUGCCAUCAAGCAAAUGAAUCUUGAACAGCAACCAAAGAAGGAUCUCAUCAUCAAUGAAAUUCUCGUCAUGAAGAGUUCACGGCACUGCAAUAUCGUCAAUUACAUUGAUUCCUUCCUGUACCGAGGCGACUUGUGGGUCGUCAUGGAGUACAUGGAGGGCGGCAGCUUGACUGACGUGGUGACUUGCAAUAUCAUGACUGAAGGACAGAUUGCAGCUGUGUGCAAGGAGACCCUAGAGGGAUUGUGUCACUUGCAUUCAAAGGGCGUUAUUCAUCGUGACAUCAAGUCAGACAAUAUUUUGCUAUCCAUGCAAGGCGACAUCAAAUUAACAGACUUUGGUUUUUGUGCUCAAAUCAAUCCUGAGGGAGGCGCAGGGCAUGGUUCAAAGCGAACGACCAUGGUAGGGACACCGUAUUGGAUGGCGCCUGAAGUGGUGACUCGCAAAGAGUAUGGCGUCAAAGUCGAUGUUUGGUCCUUGGGCAUCAUGGCCAUUGAAAUGGUUGAAGGCGAGCCACCCUAUCUCAAUGAGAAUCCACUCAGGGCGCUCUACUUGAUUGCCACGAAUGGCACUCCAAAGAUCAACAAUGCAGACUCUCUCAGCCCGGAGUUUCAAAGCUUCCUGAAAGACUGUCUCGAGGUGGACGUUGAGCUACGACCUUCCUCCACCCAGUUGUUGUCACAUGCAUUUUUCCAAAAGGCAGAACCGUUGUCGAGCUUGGCACCGCUCAUUCGCGCUGCU